GUCUUGGGGCCAUUUCUCCAGACCUCUCCUUCGGAGGCUUCCGAGGGAUCGGAGGGAUCUCUGAAAAUCUUUGCCUUCACCAUCCUGUUCAUCGCCUUCCUCUUCUACAGGGCCUGCGCGAAGCGCUCUGGCAAAGAAGAAGAGGAAGAGGACGAAAACUGGGAGGAGUGCUUCCAGGAAGCGCCAUAUCUGGAGACUGCUCUCCGGAUGGGCCACGCGCGGCCGCGCGUCAUGCGUAGUGGCUCGGAGACCUGGAGACAGGAUCCCAGUCGCGAGCCUGUCCUGGUGCGCGGAGUGUCAGCACACGAGCUUCUCCUCACGUGA